AUGAACAAUAGAGACUCUAAUCAGUUCAGGGAUAUAAGUAAAAAAAUUCAAGGAAAAUAUAUUCCAGUUAUAAAAUUUGGUGGAACAAAUAAAUAUAUAAAUAAAAAUCACAAAAAUGAUUAUGAUGAUACUAACAAUAUAAGCUUUACUGGAGACGAUGCUAAGAGAAAUCGUUUUGAUAUAUUUUGUGAUAACAACUAUGGGAUAAAUAAAGUUUGUUUUUCACCCCAAGGGAAAUAUAUAGCAGGGUGUGGAACCAAUGGAAUUAUUUACUUAUAUGAUUUAUAUGAAAAUAAACUACUAACAAAGCUAUGUACAAAAAUUGAUAAUAUAAGAGACCUAACAAUUAGCGAUAAUGAAAAGUAUAUUUAUGCAUGUGGUGACAACAAAAUAAUCGAGAUAUUCGAUUUAUAUGAAAACCGAAAAGUUUGCAAUGAUGAUAUAGGAAAAUGUGUUGAUAUAUCAAUACCUAAUAUAAUUAAAAAUGCAAAAUGUGAUGAUAAGUUGUUAAAUACGAAUAAUAAGGAUAUCAAUAAAAAUAUAAUAGAAAAUAUGUAUACCCCAUAUAAUAAAACUAAAUAUAAGGAUCUUGGAAAUAAUAAGGCUGUAUAUGUUCCUAUAUAUGAUUAUAAUGAUUUAAUAAAAUAUGAUAUAAACAUGAUUGAUAUGAACUAUGUUAAAUUAAAUAAAGUAAAUGAAAUAAUUAAUAAAUCUAUAUUUAUUAUUAAAGAAUCGCAUGAAUAUAGUACCUCAUGCGUAGCGAUACCCAAUAUAAGUAGUUUCUUAGUUUAUUCGGGUGGUGGAGAUGGAAUAUUAAAAAUAUGGGAUAUAAGAAUGAAUUUGUUUGCAUUGAAUAAAAACCAAUCCAAUAAAAAUGCAUAUGAUACCAUAUUUUUAGAUAACAAAAAUCCAUAUGCUUCUAUAUGUUCUCAUGAAGAUGUGUUAACAAGUAUUAGUUUUAAUAACACAAUUAAUUAUGAAGGAUCAUCAAAAUUGGAUAAAAAAAAAAAAAAGGCCAAAUUGGAAACCCAAAAUAGUAAUUCAUUAAAUAAUAGUAAUAUAGAUGAACAUGCUGAUACGGACGAUGCGUGUAGUAGCUCUUCCUUUUUGUCGAGCUGCUCAUCUGCCUCUUACUCAUCUCUUGCAUUUGAUUUGUGUAAAAACAUGUUCAAUAAUAUUCUUAUGACUAGUGGAUAUGACGGAUAUGUUAGACUAUAUGAUAUUAAUAAUAAUAUUAUUAAAUCAUUUUAUGAUGAAGAAAAAACUAUUACACAUUGUAUGUUCACCAAUAACAAUAAAUAUAUAAUUAGUACAAAUAAAUCACAGUAUGCAAAGGUUUUUGAUUUUUUAUAUAUGAAUAAUAAAAAAAAUGCUAAAAAUAUGAUGAGCUAUUUAAAUAACUAUGAAUCGUACUAUUUUAACAAGAAUAAAACUACUAAUGAUAUAGCAGAUCAAGAUAAACCCCAAAUUAAUUAUAGAAAGAAAUCAGAAAAUAAUUUUGUUAAAGAUGCACAUAAUGAUAAUGAACUUCAUCCAUGUAAUAUUGGAAAUAUAUAUGAAUAUGACGAUUUAAAAGAUAGAAUAGAUAUCAUAAAUGAGUUAAAUAAGAAAAUCAAUGAUAAAAAACAGGAUUCCGAGAAUAGCAAAAAAAAUGUAAAUGAAAAGGAAACAGACACUGACUUCAGCGAUUACUCGGAUAGUGGAUCAAGUGCUUUUGAUGAAAAUGCUGUGAGGACAAAAACAUUUUAUGAGCAUGUUAAUAAGCAGCUUGAACCUACAUGGUCUAUUUUUGUAGAUAAUUUGAAAUACAUGGAUCUUAUACCAUAUGAAGAGAUGCAUAUAAGCUUAAAAGAAAAUCAUGAUUAUCUUAAAGAAUAUUAUAGCAGUUACAAUGGAAAAAAUAACGAUACCACUAUAGAUAGUAGUGCUAAUAAUGAUAAAUCUGUAAUAAGACAAAGAGACCAAUACAUGAUGGGUGAAAAUGAACAAAUACUAUAUAACAAAUUAACAGAUAUUAUAUAUAGCAAAUCAGAUAUUCCAAAAUUUUAUUCAUGUAUAUCAGGAGAUAAAUGUAUAAUACCAUCCAUUGAUACAUAUGCUCAUGUAUAUGAUAUAUACACGGGUCUGCAUGUAAAUACUAUAAACAAUCUCUAUUUGCCAAACUAUCAUAUCGAUACGUCUUAUUAUAAUAUGAAUAAUUCAAAUAAUGGAAUACCCCCCAAAAAGCAGAUAUCAUUUUUAACAAGUGCACAAGCAUAUCCAAAAAAUCAUAAUAUUAUUGCAACAUCAAAUGGAUAUCCAGAUGGAUCUAUUGUCCUAUGGGUAUUCGCCCCCUUUUAA